AUGAUCCUCUUGAUUUUUUGCUUUUUACCAACUCUCGACGCGGCCGUCUUUUCGAGGAGCAAAAGGCAAGCGAGCCUCGCCACACGGGAAGGAAUCGACGCGCCCAUUACGUUAAGGUUUAUUUUUUUCAAGUUUGAAAGUGUGAAUCAUAUUUUGAAUAUCUUGACCUCACUAAUAAUAGCUCAGAGCGACGCGGUUGCGUUGCGGCUUUUUUAGGGCUUGACAGGUUUGAAAAUAUUCAGGCGGGAGGAUAUCUGAAACCAUCCGAGUUAGCUUCUGAAUGAUUUCAUAGCAAUUUUGACUCGCGAAGUUCUGAGCCAUUCCAAAUGCGGCCAUUGGCUACAGUUUUCGAAAAAUUGAUUUCAUUCUGUUCAGAAAUAAGUUUUAUACGUCUUCCACUCGAUUUGAGAUGUUUUUUAAACAAUUCAAGUUUAAUUCGACUUGGAAAGCGCAAAUACAUACUUUUUAUAAGAACCUUAUCGGAGAAUUUUUAUAAAUUUUCCAUUUAUUUGUUUUUUUAAUUCUUGAAUUUUCAAUUUCAGAUUUGUAAUCUCGACUUCAUGACCUAAAACCUUUAUUUUUUGCAUUUUUGUUUCUUUAAAUUGAGAUUUUCCCAUAAACCAUUUGAAUAGAGCUCCAGUGAAACUGAAUCUAUCAACUUUCUGAAAUUCAGAUCUCUCAUUACCUGCCUCACACCUGGAAUCCGCGAACACAUUUGUCUUGGGCCUCGAGUUCAGCUCCUCAAAAGGGAGAAAAUCGGCCUGACGGAGCGAGAUGGAGCCGCAUAUGGCUACCAUAACGGCGUGGACAUUCGUCUCUUGAAAAAAUACAACGUGCCCUUGAUUGGCGACGACACGGAGAUCGGACAAAGGUGCGUUGUGGCGCUGCGGAAGGCGGAAGCAGCGUGGCGCAGUGGAAGCGUGCUGGGCCCAUAACCCAGAGGUCGGUGGAUCGAAACCACUCGCUGCUAAUGUUUUUUUUUGCCGCCAUUACAAGUUUCGUAUUUUUUUUUGUCACUUUGAGGAAGGUUUUCUGAAGUUCAACUGGAAGGAUUACUAUAAUUAACUAAAUAGGCAUCCUUUUUUUAAAUGUUUUAUCAACAUUCAAUAAUGGUUUAAAAAUUUUAAGUCAUUUUUUUUAGAAUUUUUUGAAAAGGGCAUGAAAAACUGAGAGUGUUUAAAAAAAUUUAUUGAACUCUGAACGGCUUCAGCAUGAACCUCGGCAUAUUUCUUUCUAGCCAAAGGCCUCAGUUUUCAUGGAAAUUGUGAAAAUAUGAACUUAUUUUUUGAUUCACUUCUAGCAUUGGAGCUGUAGUUGACGCCACACCAACGGAUGGAGCUGUGGAGUUCGGGACUCGGGACAAGAUUUUCAAGGCUUGGAAGCUCAACAGGUUGGUUUUUGGACAGUUGAUGCGCAGCGAUUGUCAUAUAUUUAUAGAGGCGGAGUAGUUGAGUGGGAUUCUCAAGGCGCUGGAGUUGAUAUCGGGUCGAGAGCUUCAGUGGCUGAUGAUUUGAUCAAACUUAAGGUUAAUGAAAAAUUAGAGAAAACUUUAAAUGAGAAAAAUCAGUAAAUUUAAAGUGAAAAAGCGAAAAAAUUUUGAAAAUUCUCUCAUGAAAUUCAUUAAUAUUUGUUCAGCACACCUUAUUCGGCGUGAAUGUUGGCCCAACUUUUCGGAGGAAUAUCGUUGGACCUUACCAAACUGGCCCAACAAAAAGGCCAAUGUAAGUUCCAAGCUUGAAAGACUUUUUAAAAUUUAAAAUUCCAAAGAUUUACAAAUUCCAACUCCCAUUCAAACUUAUUAUCCUGGUUACUACAGUACGCGUGGCGAUUGGUACAAAAAUCAGUUUGUUAGACCUUGUAAGUUUUUGAAUAUUAUCUAAAGUAAAUUAUUACUUUUAGGGGACGAAUAUCGAACUAAGGAACAAAGAGCGUGUCCCUGGUGCUUCGCGGUAGACCCAACUUAUCCAGUACAACGAUUAUGGCCUUAA